GCGCAACCGCAUGAUCCCCACCCACCAAACCGUCCCACCAACCAGUCUGCGUCCGUGCAAUGGAACCUUCUCCGCUUCGACCUCAACCCACCUUCUACCACCACCUACCCUAGGUCCGAUAUUCUUAACCUGGAGCUCCGCCACCUCCACCUCCACCUCCAUAACCAACACCACCACCACCACCACCACCACCACCACCACCACCACCACCACCAUCACCAUACCCCGCGCGCAGCCUUCUUCCUCGCGAAGCAAGCAAGAUGUCUGUUUCCACCAGCAAGCUCGACGCCGAGAGCCACCUCCUUCUCGAUGAACCACUCCUGCGGCUCCCGCACGAAAUGCUGCGCAAGACGUUCAAGCAAUCGCAGAAGCACUUCGAGCGCGAGCAGACGGUAGUGAUGACGUCGAUCAAGGAAGCGGCCAAAGCGGCAACGACAGGAAAGGCCACGGCCGAGGACUCGCUGCGUAGCUUGAACGCGAUGAUAUCGCGCAUGCAGGGGUUCAAGCGGAAGGUGGAGGCACUGCACGAGGAGGAGAAGGUCCUUCACGGACAUGAGAGGAAGAGGAUCGCUCAUCUGCAGGACCUUUACAAUGUGGAGAAUCUGCUGGAUCCUGGGUAUGAUCGGUGGAGCCGAGUCAGGCUGGAUAGGCUGCUUGUCGACUUUUUACUCCGCAGUGGGUUCGGUGAGACUGCGGCAAUGUUGGCCGAGGAAAAGGGCAUCAAGGAACUCGUGGAUGUCGAUGUGUUUGUGCAGUGCUCUAAGAUUGAGAGGAGCUUGAGAGAAGGCAGUACGAAUGAGUGUCUGGCAUGGUGCGCGGAGAAUAAGCAGGCUUUGAGGAAGCAGAAGUACCAGAGCACACUCGAGUUCGAACUACGGCUACAGCAAUUCAUCGAAUUGGUACGGCACGGUCGACACAAGGAGGCUAUGGCACAUUCGAAGAAGUUCCUAGCUCCGCAUUCGGAGGCGCAUUUCAACGAUAUCCAGAUCGCCGCUGGGCUGCUGGCCAUGGUUCCUAGCACGCCGGUGCACAGAUACAAGGCUCUCUACUCGGUCUCCCGCUGGGAUAGCCUUGCCACAACAUUCGUCAAUACCCAUCAUAGCCUUUACGGUCUUCCUCAGCGCCCACUGAUCCACAUCGCUCUAUCUGCGGGACUUUCGUCGCUCAAAACGCCAUCGUGCCACUCAUCGAUAGCGUCGUCGAGUAGUAAUACUGCUAGUACGACCACAUCGUUGUGUCCUAUCUGUUCAACGGAACUGAACGACCUGGCACGCAACAUUCCGUACGCGCAUCAUGCGCGCUCGUCAGUUGAACCCGACCCUGUCAUCCUGCCGAACGGAAGAGUCUACGGAAGAGAUAGACUGGAGUUGUUGGCGAGCAAGCUGAACCUGCCGGCGGGGAUGAUUCGAGACCCGACCACCGGUGAAGAGCUGGAGGCGAGUUUGUUGAGGAAGGUGUAUAUUAUGUGAGGUGCUCGGAUGCGGUGGCGCGUGAUAUCGAUAAUACUGCAUAGCUGUGGUUUAGUGCGUUUGUUUGUUGGGUUUGUUUGCGUUGCUGGCGUUCUUGGUCUGC